AUGCCGCUGCGUAAUCCCCGCCAGGAGGGCAGGAGCGAGGAUGACUUCCACGCUGGCGUGCGGCAGGCGCUGCAGGCUUUCAAAGACGGCGAACUGCGCAAGGUGGUGUUGGCCCGCAGGGUGAAGGUGGAGCUGGCGUGUCCAGCGGACCCAGUGUCGCUGCUGCGGCAGGUCGUCGGCGCUGCCCAUAAACGGCAGUACGUCUUCGUGCUCGAGCCCGAGCAGGGCACGGCGUUCAUCUCCCUCUCCCCAGAGCGGCUGUGCAGGGUGAAGGGCAACAACGUGUGGACGGAGGCCGUGGCUGGCACCUGGCCGAUCGCAGAGUACGAGAGGGCGGGGGAGGCUGCGCUGCUGGCCAGCUCAGCCAAGCACAGCAGCGAGCACCAGCUGGUAGUCGAUUACAUACGCAAUGGACUGGCGGGCGUUACCGAUUCCGAUUGUUUCAAAGCGUGUGACACGCACAUCUUGAAGCUGCCCCACCUAGUGCACAUCAAGCAAUCGUAUCACGCGAUUGCCAAUUCGGAGGGUAGCCCAAGCUCCGCGUCGCCCCUCAGGCUUGUUAAUUUUUUCUGCCAGAGCAUUUCCCCGACGCCAGCGGUGUGCGGGCUGCCGCUGGAAGCGUCUAGGCGGUUCCUCGAGAGAACAGAGAAAUUCGACCGCGGCUUGUACGCUGCGCCAUGCGGUGUCAUCAGUUCAAAAGAGUCAGAGUUGAUAGUCGCAUUGCGCUCGUCGCUUGUUCACCAGGGCCAGCAUCUCUACGUUUAUGCUGGGGCUGGCAUUGUGCCAGGCUCACAUCCAGCCGAGGAGUUCGCAGAGAUCACCCUGAAGAUGAAGCAAUUCACGAUGGCUUUCCCGCCGAAGGAGCCAGGAAUGCACGUUGGCACUGCCGCCCAAAGAGUCGCCAAGUUGGCGGACCUACCAAACCUCAACACGCUCUGGGCUUCCAUCGUCGUCGAGGAGCUCAUGCGCUCUGGAGCAGCUGGCUUCGUCAUCUGCGCGGGAUCCCGCUCGACGCCGCUAGUGGUCGCUGUGGCCCGGCACCACUCUGCCAGGCAUGUCGUCAACCAUGACGAGCGAAGCGGCGCUUUCUACGCUUUGGGUUGGGCGAAGGCUACAGGGAAGCCCGUGUGUGUGAUUGUCACGUCUGGGACAGCAGUUGCGAACCUGCUGCCCGCGGUGGUGGAGGCGGACUUGUCAGGCGUGCUGCUGCUGGUGAUGAUGGUGAUGAUAAUGAUGAGGAGGAUGAGGAAGAGGAGGAGGAGGAGGAGGAGGAGGAGGAGGAGGAGGAGGAGGAGGAGGAGGAGGAGGAGGAGGAGGAGGAAGAGUAGAGGGAGGUGGAGGAGGAGGAUGAGGAAGGAGGAGGGAUGA